GACUCAUCUGUAAAACAAACAGACAAUCCAGAAGAUCUUCACUCCGCUGGCGGGUACUCAGUAAUUCAUAGCUCUUGUUCACCCUGACAAGAGAGCAGUUUCUUCUUUUCUUAAUCAACUGUAGGAACAAAGAAUCUGCAACAAUGCUGUUUCUGGCUGUUUUGAUGCUUUGCAUGGCUACAGUCUUUUUGACCCAGAGUAAGGACCCAAUACUGGAUCAGGAAUGGGAGCUGUGGAAGAACCACUAUCAUAAAGUCUACAAUGAGAAAGAUGAAGGUUACAGGCGGAUGGUGUGGGAGAAGAACCUGAAGAUGAUCACUCUGCACAACUUGGAGUCCUCCAUGGGCAAACACACCUACACCCUGGGGAUGAAUCACUUUGGAGACAUGACUAACGAGGAGUUUAGGAAGAUGAUGAACGGCUACAAACCCAGAGCAGAGAAAAAAGUAAAUGCGUCCUUUUUCCUGAAGCCCAGCUUUAUGAAAGCUCCUUCUGCUGUGGACUGGAGAAAGGAGGGCUAUGUUACACCUAUUAAAGACCAGGGGAGUUGUGGCUCCUGCUGGGCCUUUAGUGCCACAGGGGCAAUGGAGGGCCAGCUCUACAGAAAGAUUGGUAAACUAGUAUCGCUGAGUGAGCAGAACCUGGUGGACUGUUCUAAACCAGAGGGGAACUAUGGCUGCAACGGUGGUUGGAUGGACAGAGCUUUUCAGUAUGUUAUAGACAACCAUGGUCUGGACUCUGAAGCAUCCUACCCAUACAGGGGAAGGGACAUGCCCUGCCGCUAUAAUCCAAGUUACAACUCCAUCAACCUCACAGGAUAUACAGACAUUCCCAGUGGGAGUGAGUCAGCUCUGAUGAACGCAGUGGCCUCUGUGGGACCAAUUUCUGUUGCUAUUGAUGCCGGUCACUUUUCUUUCCAGUUUUACCAGUCAGGCAUCUACUAUGAAAAAGACUGCAGCAGCCAGAGGCUGAACCACGGCGUGCUGGUGGUCGGUUAUGGCACACAAACAUCUUUGUUUUCUACUCAAAGCUACUGGAUUGUCAAAAACAGCUGGGGGGUAGGCUGGGGAAACAACGGCUAUAUCUACAUGGCUAAAGACAGAUACAACCACUGUGGAAUCGCCACAGUUGCCAGCUACCCUCUGGUCUGAACAGCAUCUUCAUCUCGAAGAAGCCGCUUUCUGAUCUUUACCCAUAAUUCAGCAGCUCCUUUGAUGGUUCAUGGCCUCAGGGAAAAAAAAGAAGAAUGAAAGUUAUAUACCUGUAUAAUCAAGAGUAGCUAAAAUCUUUGUUUCAAAAGCCGCUUGGUUUAUUAUUGAUUUUAUUUGAUCCCUGCUGUUUUUAGCUGGUUUCACUGUUCACGCUGUCAUUUAAUAAAUACAAGCAUACGUUUUUUUUUACUCAUUUGUUCCUAUUUUUACUAUAACCAAUUAAAGUUUUGAAUCAA